GAUAGCAUUUUCAUAACGGCAUGCUUUCAUAUUGCCGCUCAAUUUCAAUUGAAUGCGAUGAAAAUUCGCAAUAUCUUCAAUCAAGUGGCAAGCAAUGGCAUUUUAACAAAAAACCAAAAUCAACAAUUACGAAACAAACUGAUCGAUGCCAUUGCAGAGCAGGUCAAACUCUUUGAGCUAAUCGACCUAUUUAUCAAAGUAUUCACAUCGAUUAUCCUAUUGCAUUUCAUUUCUGUGGCGGUGAUUAUUGGCAUCGGUUCGAUUGAUUUUCUCAUCGCACCUGGAUUGGAUAAAAUCUUAUACGCUGUUUAUAUAUUAACCGUUGCGAUACAGUCGUAUGCUUAUGCUUAUGCAGGAAAUCAAAUCAGUGAACAUAGUUUGGACAUAUGGAAAGCUGUAUGGGAAGCAAACUGGCAUUAUAUCGAUAUAAAUAAUCAAAAGAUGAUUGCCAUGUUAAUACUCAGAGGUCGAAAGGCUAAACUAAUAAGGGUACCAUUUUUCGAAGUCACUUUAAACGCAUAUACAAAGAUUAUGAGUACCGCUGGAUCUUAUAUCACACUGCUUAAUAAUAUGCUACAAAAUUAGAUUGUACGCAUAGUGUCAUGAUAAAUAGUCACUGCACAGAUAGCGUCAAUAACAUUUAUCAAAGACUACGCAAGCUCAUGUCGAAUAAAAAUAAGAAAUAUCUAUUUCGAACGCAUCGCUUCCUGUGUGAUAGCUUGAAGAAGUUGAAUGGCCAAUGGAAAAUGAGCAAAACCUCUUAUCAUUACUCUUCUAAUGUGAUAAGCAAACCAACGCAAUAAAACACAACAAUAGUCUGGUUAAAAUGUUACUUUUAAUUUGAUACUCAAUAAACCUACACGCUGUAUAAUCAACAAAUAUUAAUUUUCUGAAUUGCUUUUGAAAUAAAUUGAAUUCUAAAUCAAAUUGAAACAUGAAGUGUUUACGGUUCAAAAUUUUCAUGCUUUUGCUAAUGGGAAAUCCAACAUACGUAUUUUGUUCGACAAAUAAUAUUGCAUUGGAUUAUGUGAAAUCACUUGAGUUUAACACAAGCGGCGACACAUUGAUAUUUGCACAUGUUAUAUACAGACAUGGUGACAGAAACAUAAACAAAAUAUACCCCAACGAUCCAUAUGCUGAUGAGAGCUAUUGGCAAGGUGGAUUUGGCCAAUUAACUCACGCUGGCAAAAUGCGACAUUUUAAGUUGGGACAAUUUUUUCGCCGACGUUAUGGUAAAUUGCUUGCAGACGGAUAUUCGCCGAAAAAAGUUUAUGUCGAAGCAAGUGACGUGGAUAGAACCAUUGCCAGUGCUCUCGCAAACUUAGCCGGUAUGUUUCCACCAAGCGAAACGGAAAUUUGGAACGAUGAAUUGAAUUGGCAACCAAUUCCAGUCCAUAAAUGGAUAAUGAAAGAAUGUGCCAAAUAUUAUGUUGAAGUGCAAAAAUAUAUGGAUGAAUCGUCUGAAGUGCGACGCAUUUAUACCGAAUAUGCCGACCAUUUUGCAUACUGGUCAAAGAUGUGCGGACUGAAUAUCACAACAAUUGACGAUGUUUAUGUACUAUAUAAUACACUUGUAGUUGAAACUGAGCAUAAUAAAUCACUACCAGAUUGGGCAAAGCGAGCAAUUGAACCGAAUGGAGUAAUGGAAUAUAUAACACUAUUUGACAUUAAAAUGUACGCGAACACCACAAAAUUGGCCAGACUGCAUUCGGGAUUCAUUCUUAAGGAAAUUCUUCAGCGAUUUUCUCAAAAAAUAAACUCAACAUUGAAACCGGAUCGUGACCGUUUACUAUGGUUUCAAUCCACCCACUAUUAUAUCAUAGCGAAUCUUUUGAAUAGUUUGGGACUUUUCGAGAAACCUCAUUUGCCACCAUAUGCAUCAAGCUUGAUUUUUGAACUAUAUAAACGCGACGGUGAACAUUAUAUACAAAUCUUUUAUAAAAAAUCCGAAGAAGAAAUUCUUUCACCAUUGAAUAUACCAAAAUGUGGUACUAAAUGCCCGCUGCAACAAUUCUACAUAUUAUACGACGAAAUCAUACCAGGCGACUUCGAUUCUGAGUGCACAUUGUAAAAACGAAGUUAAGCAGUUGAUGACGAGCUUUGAAAUGAUUUAAAUGUUUUUUUUUUGCAUCUCAAUAUAGCAUUUACUUGUUUUUAAUCAAAUAUUAUCGAAAUUAUUUCGACGAAAUAUAUGACUUGGCAGUAAUUUUUAAAGUGA